CGGUUGAAGAUUCCAUGGGAAAUGAGAACACUAUUUUGUUUCUUCCUUGUAUUGCAGAUAGGGGGAGGAGGUGGUUAUUAGAGAGAAGCUCUUCCUCUCUCGGUUUCCCCCUCUCUCCGCCUGACAGCACCGCUCUCUCGCGGGCUCGCUCCUUCUCCUAGGUGAUCCAUUUCUAGGCAACGUGGGGCUGGUGCUGAAGCUGCCAGGCUCGCUCCUCGCUUCCUGCAUCCCGCUAGGCGAACCGCUCCAAAAGCAUCCUGCAGCCCGCGGCGGCUUCCCUUCUCUGGCCCGGCCCCGCUGCUCGCGCCCGGCGUAACUCCCCCGCCACCGCGCCCCAGCAAACCGGCUCCCCGGGCCCGCCACGCCGAGCCGAGCUCCGUUCCGCGCCUCGCGCAGAAAGGGAAUUUUUUCUGCAUUACUAUCUGCAUUACCUUGAAGUUCACUUUUUCUACCCCUCUUGGAGAGGGCUUUUCCCCCCUCCCUGGUGGAAUCUGGCUGCUCCGCUUGGAAUCUCCUAAUCUUUCCUUUCCACUUAGAUUUUGGCAGCGAAGACGAGUGAUUCUCUGCGGGCUGUUGGGGCGGGGGCGGGGGUCCUUUUUGGUCGGGGGGUUGUAGAGAAGGGGGCACAUCCGGCGUGAGGGGAGUGUUGGAAGUUACGGCGGAGCUGGGACCGGAGACCCGCGGCCCCCGCGCAGCGAUGGGGAAAAUCUGAGCUCCAGCCUCUCCCCCCUGCCCAAGAGCAGUCGACGCUGGAUAUAUUUUUCAAAAGCCAAACUGCAAACAACUCUGGCGAUGCCAAAAUUCCCCUCCAAGUGACACGGCUUGGCGAAGGAGGUUUCCUCAGGCUGGGCUCUUUCUGUCAUUCCCUCUGCCUCUCUCGGCGACGAUAAAAGGCUUUGCUCUGGCAAUAGAAAUUUAGAAAAAAAAAAGAAAAAGCUGCGCUAAACUCUACUGUGACCUCAAACUCUUUGGACUGUUUAAAAAAAAAAUUGGAAGAAAAUCAUCCUCCCAGAGAAUCGGCAUAGGAGGAGAUGGAAGUUUUCCCCUUGCUCUUGGUUUUGUCCGUCUGGUGGUCUCGAACCUGGGACUCGGCAAAUGCGGAUUCGAUCAUUCACAUCGGAGCAAUUUUUGAUGAAUCUGCCAAAAAGGAUGAUGAGGUGUUUCGCACAGCAGUCGGUGACCUUAAUCAGAAUGAGGAGAUCUUACAGACUGAGAAAAUCACAUUUUCAGUGACGUUUGUUGAUGGCAACAACCCUUUUCAAGCAGUUCAAGAAGGUAAGGUCAUCAGUAGUCCACUAUUAAUUAAUUUAUUUUUCGUUCAAUUUAAAUGGCAAUGAAAUUAUCUUUGAUGAAACCUAUUAAACAUGCACAUCAUUUUUGUAUCUUUGUUGUAAAUAGGGCAUUAUUUUCCUUGGAAAUCACUGUUUCCUAGAUGUGAAUCUUGUAUUCCAGUUUUGAAAGGGCAGAGUGUGGAAAGUUACUAUAUUAAUUGAAAUAUAAUAUGAAAUGUACAAUUAUUUACAUGUAAAAGCUUUGCAACAUUUUUAUGACUUCAGUGUAAAUGAAACAUUUUUUAAAAAUACUAUUUUCUGCCACAAUGUUUACUUUGGAAUUCUCUGAGAUAACUGCCACCUUGGGUGUUGUUAUAACUUGUGAUGACAUUUCAGGUGUACACAUACAAAUGUAUUGCUGCAAGAAAAACCCUUGGACACUACAUACAAAUCAAACAUUUUGCACUAGGA